AUCACUCCCAAUUCCAUCUAUCUAAGCACAUUACCUUCUUUUCUUUCUUUCAACAAUGGCUGCUUCCACAAUGGCCCUCUCUUCCCCAACAUUCGCCGGCAAGGCUGUGCAACUUGCCCCCACCGAGGUUUUCGGAACCGGAAGGAUCUCCAUGAGGAAAACUGUCGGCAAGGCUGUUUCCUCCGGAAGCCCAUGGUACGGCCCAGACAGAGUCAAGUACUUGGGCCCAUUCUCUGGCGAGCCCCCGAGUUACCUCACUGGUGAGUUCCCCGGUGACUACGGUUGGGACACUGCUGGGCUCUCUGCCGACCCAGAGACCUUUGCCAAGAACCGUGAGCUCGAAGUGAUCCACUCCAGGUGGGCCAUGCUCGGAGCUCUCGGGUGCGUCUUCCCCGAGCUCUUGGCCCGCAACGGUGUCAAGUUCGGCGAGGCAGUGUGGUUCAAGGCCGGAGCCCAAAUCUUCAGUGAGGGCGGGCUCGACUACUUGGGCAACCCUAGCUUGGUCCACGCGCAAAGCAUCUUGGCCAUCUGGGCCACCCAAGUCGUCUUGAUGGGCGCAGUUGAGGGAUACAGAAUUGCUGGAGGCCCACUUGGUGAAGUUGAAGACCCACUUUACCCAGGAGGCAGCUUCGACCCAUUGGGCCUUGCUGAUGACCCAGAAGCAUUUGCUGAGCUUAAGGUGAAGGAGCUCAAGAAUGGUAGGCUGGCCAUGUUCUCUAUGUUUGGCUUCUUUGUUCAGGCCAUUGUUACCGGAAAGGGUCCAUUGGAGAACCUUGCAGACCACCUUGCUGACCCAGUUAACAACAAUGCCUGGUCAUACGCCACCAACUUUGUUCCCGGCAAGUGAAUGAGGCUUUAAGAGACUUGUAGUGUCCUCAUUUGAAAUUUGAGUGGGUUUUGAGUGUGGAAUUGUUCAUGUUGUAGAUUGAUGUGAACCACCCAAGUGAAGAGAAUGUGAAUUAUUAUUUAUAUAUGGGAAUCUGAAUGGAGUAAAGUUCUUAUC